UCCUCGUUCACCCCUCCUCUCCCUUUUUUUUUUUCCUUUCUUCCGUUCACUCUCACUCUCUUCUCUAGUAGGCUUCCUUUCCUGGCGGCGGCGGACUGGGCGAGCGCGCCACCCUUCGUCCAGGUCUUCGUCGCGCCCUUCGCCGGCGACGAGCAUCCACCAGUGUGCAGGUUGCUGAGGAAUAAAGAUGUCCACUGGCGAAGUCCUGAGGGCAGAGCUAUCUUCCAGGACGCCGCCUUUCGGCCUGAGGCUAUGGAUUGUGAUUGGCAUCUGUAUCUGGGUGGUAAUCUUAUUUAUCCUAGGUUUGAUGUGCUUCUGGGCUGUAUACCGGAGGAAGCCGAGCAAGUCAGUCGAUAAGAUUCCGGUGUCUCAGAUUCCGGAUGUCUCCAAGGAGAUUGCGGUAGACGAAGUGCGUGAGCAUGCUGUUGUUGAAAACUUCCAAGUGCAAGAAAGCCAAGCGCUGGCCGUGCAGGAGAAGCACUACGAAAAGGAUUCGGGGAAAAUGUUGGCGCACUUGGUUAGGAGCAAGUCAAGCGAUGCUGAUAAUCUGAGCCAAUGCAGCUCCGCAUACCAGUGCGAAAGAGCUGGUAGUUCGUAUUCUGGAGAUGAGGCUAGCUCGGGCAAUGCUAGGAGGCAGUACUCUCAGUAUGCAACUGUCACUGCAUCUCCGCUGGUUGGCCUCCCGGAGUUUUCACAUCUGGGUUGGGGUCACUGGUUUACUUUGAGGGAUUUGGAGCAUGCAACAAAUCGGUUUUCUAAGGAGAAUGUCAUUGGAGAAGGUGGAUAUGGAGUAGUUUACCGUGGCCGACUCAUAAAUGGAUCAGACGUUGCAAUAAAAAAGCUUCUUAAUAACAUGGGUCAAGCAGAAAAGGAAUUCAGGGUUGAAGUUGAGGCAAUUGGACAUGUCAGGCAUAAGAAUCUUGUCCGCCUUCUAGGAUAUUGCGUUGAGGGAAUCCACAGGAUGCUUGUGUAUGAGUAUGUGAAUAAUGGGAACUUAGAACAGUGGCUUCAUGGUGCCAUGCGGCAACAUGGUGUUCUUACUUGGGAAGCCCGGAUGAAAGUUGUUCUUGGAAUUGCUAAGGCGCUUGCUUAUUUACAUGAAGCCAUAGAACCAAAGGUUGUGCACCGUGAUAUCAAAUCAAGUAAUAUCCUAAUUGAUGAAGAAUUCAAUGGCAAGCUUUCUGAUUUUGGAUUGGCCAAGCUCCUGGGUGCAGGGAAGAGCCAUAUCACAACUCGAGUUAUGGGAACUUUCGGGUAUGUGGCCCCUGAAUAUGCCAACACAGGUCUGUUAAAUGAGAGGAGCGAUGUCUAUAGUUUCGGGGUGCUACUACUGGAAGCAGUAACUGGGAGGGAUCCAGUUGACUAUGGUCGCCCUGCUAAUGAGGUGCAUCUGGUGGAGUGGCUCAAAAUGAUGGUUGGCACAAGAAGAGCUGAGGAAGUAGUGGAUCCUGACAUGGAGUUGAAACCAACCAUUCGUGCUCUGAAGCGUGCUCUUCUAGUGGCAUUGCGGUGUGUCGAUCCAGAUGCUGAGAAAAGGCCCACUAUGGGUCAGGUUGUCCGGAUGCUUGAGGCAGAAGGUGUCCCUUCACGGGAGGACCGUCGGUGCCGGAGGGGCCACAGCAGCAACGCGGACAGCGAGUCCAAGGCAAGCUCAAGCGAGUUCGAGAUAAGCAGUGAUCAAAGAGAGUCGGGACUGUCCGCGAGGUUUCAACCCUAACUCCUGAUGAGAACACAGCGAAUCGAGAAUCGGAGGAACGGGGUGGGAUGGAUUUGGGGAUUGGUUGUGGUAGAGUACUAGAGUUGGGUAGAAGGGCAUUGCAUUUUGUACUGUAGGUAUUCCUUGGUGGUAGCCAGCUUAGAGUGCAGAGCCAGAUCGAUCCCCUGAGAGACUCAGACUUGCUGUGAAUCCUGAAUGGUAUUCUGUUGGUCCAGUAGCAGCUUGUACAGAAAUUUCCUUUCCUUUUGUUUUUCUUUUUGGUUAGGACAGGACUUGGCUGGUAGAAAAGAAGAUGGUCUAUUUCCUAAUGUGAUGAGCGACUUGAACCACCAACCUGUUCGUAUUCAUUUCAGUUAGUGACUUGGUUCUAUUGAUCAAGCUAUAGUUCUAUGCAA